UGCACUACCGCCACCACCCUCGCUCGAACGUCGACGCCAUCGGAGCUCCGCCUCCUCUCCGCUUCUCCGUCCCCAGAUUGUAGAUCGAAGUUCUACCAGAAAACAACGUCAAUGGGAUCUCUCAUCAUUGAGAGUUGUUCAAACCACAGUUGUGGUCAAAUCUCAAGUCAUGAAGAAACGAAUGAGAGAUUUUGUCAGAGGAUGAACGUAAGCUUGCAUCUUGCUCUGGGCAACUGUUUCUCCUUGUCUUCUAAAAAUCAUUUUGAGGCCUUUAAUCUGAUCCUUUUUUUAGAUCAUGCUGUCUCUGAUGGUGCUAAGCAAGUCCAACAGCCUGAUGGACACAUCCAACUCCACUUCCACCAUUUUCUUUUGUUUUGGAUUCAAGAAGAUAUGGUUGCUGCUAGGCAAGCAAAGAAGCUCCUUGAUGCACCUCUCCUCUUCCACUCUGAGCAUGAGGGGAUGAUCUCUCAGAGGCAUGCUAGUGGAUCGGGACAUGGAAAAGCUGAACUGAUGCCGCAGGGGAAUCAACCAUAUUUACGAUACUCAAUUACUUGGAGCAGAUGGGAGGCAAAUGGAAUCUUACCAGCUCAGCUCAACCUGAUAUGUGAAGCUUGGUAUUUGGAUUUGAUUUGGAUUCUGAAGUCUGUGAGCUGGUUUCCUAGCCUUGUUGAUCAUUGUACUAAUCUAACAUACAUGGGUGUCAUAUAUUGGAUUCUGAAGUCUGUGAGCUAG